AUGAAUUCAAUUAAAGAAAGACAUGUUAAUUUAAUUGUUGACAAUAAAUAUUUGUAUGAUGAUGCACCACUACCCGUUCUGCGUCAUAUUUGGGUCGCACAUCCUCACAAAUUUCAAGAGGAAUUGGAUAAAGUUGUGGGAACAUUUCAGUCCACCUGGUCUUCUGCUAUUUUAGAUGCUCUUUCAAUGUCAAUUAUGUCAACGGCAACGACUACAGCAGAUCUUGUCCCCAUCUUGUAUUGGCCACCACGUCGGCGUAGACGUGAUCCAUCAAUCAUAAGAAUUGUUGAAAUGAUUGGAGAAGGUCAAGUCUUAUAUGAUAAGACUAUAAGUAUUCUACGGGAAGAAUGUACAAAACAUGAGAAAUCAGCAUUUUCACUUUUGGAACAACAAAUCAAAGGGGUUGCCACCGGCAACAGUUCAGUAGAUGAAACAGAUGAACCGUCGGCUAAACGAAGCAGACAUCGUACGUCGAGUAGAGAGAAACCUCCAGAAACACAGUGUCCCAAUAGUAAUAGUAAUCCAUCUAUCCCGUAUAUCCCACUAGCUUUUAUGCCAAAUCAGCCGUCAGUUGCUUCAGCUACCUUAUGUACAUUACGUUUCGAUUUAUUGAUGAGUUUAAAUGAGGCUAAGAUAGAUAGGCUAUGCGUUCCGGAUAGGAUACAUCGGUUUGUGUGGUGUUUAGAUGCAUGUGUACGGAAUCGUAGAAUCGAUCAAAGACAUGCUAGUGAAUUAGCUUAUCAUUUACAAUUGCAACGUCGUCGAUGGGCAAAAGAGGCAGCAGCAGCAGCGGCUAAUGAGAAACAAGAGGUGGUUCACGAAGAAUCUGAACGUUGUCGUGGGAAAAAUGCCAAAAGUUCCAAAAGUGGUCGUAAACGAUCUCCUUCAAAUGCUGCUGCAGAAAAGAAUUGUGAUGCAAAUGAAACAGGUGGUAGAUUAUGUGAUGCAAAUUUGUUAGAAAGAGAUAUGCAUAUGGCUUGUCGAGAUCCAUGGGUUGUAUACACCAUUUGUACAUCUUUGAUUCGUUAUGUAUUGCAUGGACUUUAUGAAGAUAAAGUACCUCGUGAUAUACCAGAAGUCCACUUACUUGUUCAUCUGUUAGUACUUGGUUUAGGCGAUGAUUUGGUUCCACAUUCUUGCCUACAAUCUUCAAAAAGUAAAGAAGCACACGGAGGUGGUAAACGUACUGCACCACCGCCUUCAUCAUCAGUGUCAGCGUCUUCAGAAGAUCCCGUAUUAAACUGUCCAGCUAAGGCGCUUAUUAGUUAUAUUCUACCAGCUGUUGCUCAACUACAAGUUUCCACAUGGAAAGCGCAAGUAGCUGAAGAAAUCAUAACUGCAAGUAAUAGUGUAUGGUCAACUGGUGUAGAAGUUUCAGGUGGGACUGUUUCAGCAUCCAGCCAACGACCAUCAUCAUCAUCAUCCCAUGAAUCGUCAAGAGAAUCAAUUAAUCCACCGCCUCCCCCACCAUUGGUUUGGCAGAAACGUAUUAAAGAUGCUACUCAAUGUACCAGUAUCACUAUACCGCCUGGUUAUUUAGCCCACCCAAUAGGUUAUCUUAUUCUACAAUAUCACUGUCUAUUUUGUUUGGAGCGUAAUGAAUUGGCAACACUUCGUGCAUUGCUAAAACUAGUUGUAACACUAGCGCAAACACGUGGAGGUCGUGCUAGUAGUGGAGGUAGUAGCAGUCACAAUAAACCGACUACACCUAAUCCACCGUCGUCUUUGGCAUCAUCACAUAUACCAGCUUAUAAUAAAUACGGUCUGUCUGUUGUGUUUCGUUGGCGUCCAGAGGUUUUACAAGCUCUAGUUUUGGGAAUUUCUCGUCUACCUCAAUCUGCUCCCGCUUUUGUUGACAGCAAUAGAAAUACUCAUGUAACUGAAGGUUCUGUUGAAUCUUCUUUAGCCGACGGGACUGGUCAAUCUGAUUCAGAUAAUAAUUCUAGCACUAAUACAUCCUCGACUUUAAAUCGUAGUAGUUCAGUUGUAUCUAAUGUGUUAUCAGGUAGUGAUUUGAGCAGUAAUAUAACAGCCGGCUUUAAUACUAGUAGUUUAACGUCGAAUUCUCAGAGUUCUACUGCUGAAUCACAUUCUACAACUCCUACAGGCUCAAUAGUUACUCGUGUUAGUUUAGCUGGCCUACUUAGAUCUAGUUUACCCUUAAAUAAUGAUGUACAAUUGUUAGCUCUUGCACAGAUCGCCUUACUUGUGCCUGGGCCAACUAGUAGUAGUAGUAGUAGUAGUAGUAGUAGUAGUGGGAUAGUAGGUGCUGGCGCAUCCAGUAUUCCAGGUGGUGCUUCAACAUAUCCUUCUUCAUCUUCUGACAAUGUGACAAGUGAAUUAGCUUCACCAGCUCCGGUUGUUUUAAGUGAACGUGAAAAAAUAGUGAAUACGUUGGCAAGACAUUGUAUUUUAACACCGACCGGUACAGCAGCAACAACAGCAACAUCAACAACAGCAGUCAAUGAUUUAAAUUUAUUAUUUGAAUCAACUGGAUCACAAGCAGGUGGUGGUAGUUCAGCAAGUGGUGGUGCAAGUGGAAGUUAUAAAUCAACAAAUCCAAGAGUUCUAGCCGCUUUAGAUGCCCUACGCAAAGAUAUUGAACGAUGUCAUAAUUCGCUUGCAUUACCGCUGACGCCUACGAAUUUAGUUGGUAUUAAACCUGGCGGCUAUAGUUCAUCUAGCUCUUCAUCAUCAAAUAGUCUGUUUACAAAUUUCAGUAGUUUUCAAAUGCCAGAUGCUUGGAUCGCUCCAUCUCCACGUAGUCCACAAUCAAGUAAUAAAUAUUCACGUCCUACUGUCGACUCUGUACAGUCGUCUGCGAAUUCAUCCGGCUAUUCCGCCUCCUACUCUUCCUCCUCUUCAUCAUCUUCUUAUGGAUUACACCUGCCUAUUGGAACACCGCUUACUAAUCCCGGACUGAUGGGUGCUACGCCUAGUUUAAGUAACUUACAUGUUGGACAAGGUCAAGUGAUGACAUCUCGUAAACCUUCCCAGCCACCUCCUCCUCUGAAUCCUGGGGAGUUUCGAACUCCCUUAUCACCGAAUCCUUUUCAACAGAAAAGUAGUCACAAUAGCAGAUUUGGUCCUGAUUCAUCGUACACUUCAUGUCCAUCUCCAGCUGUGCAUCGAUCAUCGACUUCUCAAGAGAUGAUGAUUAUUCCUAGAUCUCCGUCGCCACCUUCUUAGUUGGUGAAAUCAGGUGUGAUAGAAUUAAUUAUUGAACAUUUGUGCUUUUCAUUCAAUAAGAAGAUUGCUUGUUGUAUUUCGUAUAUAUAUAUAUAUAUAUUCUUUUGUAUCUUAAAAGAAGCUUUUUUCUGAAAUUGAUAUUGUCUUCUCGAAUAAAUUGAUCGAAG